GCAGUACAAUGUCAAUACAGUACACCGUCUGUUGAGUUCUGUCAGAGAGGCGACUUCUUUCAGCGUUGGGAGUCCAGGAACGUGUGUCGCGGCGGCGAUAACACAACACCACGGCGACGGUGCGACUUUGACAUGGUGUUUUUGGAAAACAGUAAACAUACAUCUUACAUGUAAACUGCGCCUAAGUCACUUCGGGCCUUGGGUAUUAUGUGCACCCAUCUGUUUCAAAAUCCUGGAUCCGCCUCUGAAGUUCAUAGUACACCAAACAAAAGUGCCCGGAUAUUUCCAUCUGCAGUUAAUUAGAACACGUGCCCAGUGGCAUACUGGCAUACGUUUGCCAUGGAGCAAGGCUGAUGAGCACCGUUCCCCAUUGACGUCGUUUUGUUCCCAUUAACGUAAAAUUGUUCCCCAACGGCGUAGUUUGGAUCCACAUCGAUGUUGUGUUGGUUGUCACAGACGUCGUGUUUGGAUAUAGCAUAGAUGGGUCAUUCAAGCUACAAGACAGCGGGAUGACGAUACUUAACACAUAGCACUGACCGCAGCAACGCACAAUAACACUAUUGAGGCAAUGGCCAAGUUCGUGGUCAGCAAUGCCUCUCCUCUCGACGACGUCUCCAGCACCGGCUCCUCCUACGAAGACGGUCCGGCGGAGAAUGGGGGGUGGGGAGGGGAGAGAGGCAGUGAGGCGCGUCUGUAUGUCCUGAACCGCGGGGGGACGGGGGAGGCGCACUACCUGCUGCUCACCCCCGACAGGAGCGACAUCCAUAUGUAUAGGACCCACAUUGAAGUAUGGAAGCCUCUUGUGGACAUCAUGAACUUUGGCGUGGUGGUCGUGGACAACUUCCUGUACAUCGUCGGGGGUUUUGACAGGAGUCGGGCUCAGCAUCUCAACAGGGUUCUCAGAUACGACCCUGCGGAGGGAUUGUGGGUGGAGUGCGCCCCCAUGUUGAUUGCACGUGCAAAAUGUGGUGUCUGCGCACAAGGCGGAAGGAUAUAUGUCUCAGGGGGAGAGAAGAGUGACUGUCGCGUGACCGGAAGUUGUGAGGUGUACGACAUAGAGACAGACACGUGGUGUAAGGCCGGUAUGCUGGUGGCUGCACGUGCUAAUCACGUAUGUGCAGUGUACAAUAAUGAGAUUUACUGCGCAGGUGGUUACCAUGGCAACAAAACUCAUGAUAAUUUAUGGGUGUACGAGGAACACACAUGGCGGGAGCUGGACGAACACUACCCCCACACACUGCCCUGUCCGCUGGACAGAUUCACCAUAGCCACUCUAGACAACACAUUCUACUUCAUUGGAGGCGUGACGUCACGAGCGGACCGCAAGUGCCCGGACAAACCAGAUUAUUCCACCCAGCGUCGCAUCUUCUCCUUCACGACAAACAUCUCCCUCAGCGACGGCUCGACUAGGAACGACGUGAUCAGCCCCUGGGAAUUUCACCUGCCCAACAUGAACCAUGCCCGCCACAGCCACGGCACAGCAACAAUAGGAAGGAAGUUAUAUGUGGUAGGAGGAAGUUGUCUAGAGACGGGACAGCCAAUCAAUGUAUGUGAGUUUUACAACACGGAAACAGGAGAAUGGGAGGAAGACUUCCGCUUCCGGAAAGGGGACAUGUCAAAUGUUGUUUGUGCUAUUUUGGAAGUGCCAAGGAUCCCAGUCAACGAGCGGAAGAUGACCAGUAAACUCAAGUGGGUGUUGUGGUAGCAUUGACCAUCUGCUGGGAUGUGUUCCAACAAGCCACACAGAUUCGACCUAUGGUACUUUACAGGGUGCAGACAGUUAGACUCUGUAGUACUGACCAGUCCCAACAGGCAGCCGGUACUCACCAUGGUUAAGUGACCUUACCUCGCCAUUCCCAGUACAAACAGUUCUCACCACUGGAUACAGUGUAUAUGUUGGGAGUGAACGGGUUCCGAGAAGACAUAUAAGGGACACAACUCUCCCAGCGAUUUCCGGCAAGCCAUUCCCCAGAAGAACAGGAUCAGCUGUGCUUGAAGUCACAAUUAAUUCUGAACUUUAUUCUACCUAUUCGUAUUCAAAAUUGAAAGCAUGCAUUUCUUCCACUCGUCAUGGGGCUGAUGCACUUACUUAGAGCAAUCGAGUUAUUCACCAAUGGACAGAUGAACUACGGAGAAAAACUUAAUUUCUAAUCAGAGACAUCGUUGACGAGCAUUAUACAUGGAUACCGAUUCGUGAGAUAGUUGUCUUGAGCGCAAUCUGAUCUCAAAAUGUACUUUGUUGUAAUAAUUAUUAACCUAA